CCAGGUCGUCUCGCACCUGAUCCAGGCCAUCCGGAGCCAGGACGGCGGGUUCAGCUCCAUCGAGCGGCUGGGCACCGGCAGCUACUACGAGCACGUCAAGAUAUCGGAACCAAAUGAGUUUGACAUCAUGCUUGUAUUGCCUAUUGCAAGACUUCAGCUAGAUGAAUGCGAUGACACUGGAGCCUAUUACUAUCUAACAUUCAAAAGAAGUCCAAAAGAAAAGUAUUUGUUGAAGUUUUUAGAUGAAGAUAAAAAAUUAUCAGCCUUUAAAAUGCUUGAAGCACUAAGAGAAAUUAUUAAACGAGAAGUAAAAAACAUUAAAAAUGUGGAAGUGACUGUGAAAAGGAAAAAGGCUGGAAGCCCUGCAAUAACUCUUCUGAUCAAAAAUCCUCCAGUAGAAAUAUCAGUGGACAUCAUCUUGACUUUGGAAGUUCAGCAGAGCUGGCCACCCAGCACCCAGGAUGGCCUCAAAAUUGAAGAGUGGCUGGGAAGAAAAGUCAGGACAAAACCACUGUCACACCUAGCCUACAUUAGUUUGCAGAAACAUCCCAACUCAUCAUUGUGUUACGAAAACCAGUUUCAGCAAAAAGAGUUCAGACAAUCUGGAAACACCUGGCGACUCUCUUUCUCACAUAUUGAGAAGGCCAUGUUGAACAACCACGGCAACUCAAAGACCUGUUGUGAAUCUGAUGGACCCAAGUGCUGUAGGAAAGGUUGUCUUAAGCUUCUGAAGUAUCUUCUAGAGCAACUUAAAAUGAAAUAUACAAAAGAAUUGGAAAAGUUCUGUUCAUAUCAUGUCAAAACUGCUUUUUUCCACUCAUGUGUCAUGUGGCCAAAUGACACAGACUGGCAUUUGGGAGACCUGGAUCAUUGCUUUCAGAAAUAUCUGGGAUACUUUCUGGAUUGCCUGCAGAAGUCUCACCUGCCACACUUUUUUAUUCCCAAAUACAACUUGCUCAGCCUGGAAGAUAAAGCGAGCAGUAAUUUCCUUUCAAGACAAAUAAACAAUCAAUUGAACAACGGAUUCCCAAUAUUUCAGGAAAGGUAUUAAGAACAUUGUUUACAGUAACUAUCUAAUUGUUUUUUAGACUUGCAUAUUUAAAACCAGGAGUUCUGCACUUUAAGUUACUCCUCAGCAGUCGGGUACUACAAAAAACCAAAACAAAAUCAAGAACACUACGAGAAAAUUGCAUACUUCAGUCAUACUGCUUAGUCAUAUCUCUUAAAAGAAAUAGGAUAAGUAAUAUUUAUCUUCCCUAUCCAAAUGUAGAUGUCACCUGCAAAGUAUCUUCAAGGUAUACUAGAACGUGUAGGAAGAAUUUGCAGUAGUUUAUUUCCCACAUGUAGUUUCUGUGAUUCCAAAUACAAAGGCAUCAAUGACUGGGUAAAGCGAAAAAUGACAAAUUUAUUUAAAAUGAAGAUCCACUGCAGAAUAUCCAAAAUACACUUGCUUUCAAAAGAAAAAAAAGUCACUGCAGUCGCUUUGACAUAAACCAGAACAACUUCUCCAGAUCAACUGUGUGGAUGAAGACCUUUUGCAGAGGACAACUGCCAGCAGUAACCAGAGAAAGAAUAUGGUAUCAAAACAAUAUGAAGUUCCUGAGGUAACUUAUCUUUCCUGAGUCUUCAGCACUGCUUUGGAAAUUAGUGUUUUCACUGGACUUUAGGUAAUGAUUGCUUUCUGUCCAAUGUGCUGCAACAGUAAAAGUUACUGUCAAUAAGCAUUUGUGUGACAAAUCUUGAAGAAAGAAAUGUAUCUUCAACCCGUAGCAAGGAGGAACAGUCUCCCUGUGAAAGGUUAUCAAAACAAAAAUGCAGCAUGAAUGCGAUAUUCUCUGAAUCAGAAUUCAGCUCAAUUUUUCUUAUGUUGAAGAAUAUGUGUGUUAGGAAAAAAGAAUAAUUACAUUUCCUACUACUUAACUUGUGCAGGUGAUAAAUACACAGCAUUUGGACCUGCUGUGCUGUAAGUAAAUACAUCCUUUUCUUAAGGAAGCCGUGGGAAGUCCAAAUUUUUAGCCUACUUUUUGAAGGCAAAAUAACCUACUGACUUAAAUAACGCCCAGAUUUCACCUCAAUUAUGAGCAAAUAAAAAAAGACGGAAGAUCAGAAGAACAUUUAGAGAAUGAUUUUACUAAAAUAUUCUUAUCUCACUAGAUUCAGUUUAUUAAUUUUUUAUUUACUCAUAUGACAUGUGAGUAAACAAGUUCAGACUAGGCAUCAAAUGAACAGCUCCUUCCCAUAUAACUUCCUAAGAGUGAAAACAUACCCCAUUGUCAUUAGGAUUCUGUGUGACAGAACCUGAUAUCCAAAUGUAAAAUCUGCAUCAACUUUUUCUGGAAGAAAUAAAAACUGACCUUCAAAUGUA